CGGGUACCAACAAAACCUCGAGUAUUGUGUGUCAACAAUCAGGAAAUGACGUGCUACUAUUAAGAUAUUUAUAUUGAGUGUAACCGACCAAGUCUCAUUGAGUCUGCCGUCGACUGUGAGCGUGGCUGGGAGUCGAAUACCAAUACAUUUGUCCUAAUCAGUAUUAAGUUUGAUAUUUCUAGCUUGGAGAAUGUCGGGCGUUCAAGGUUACUAUGUGGGAUUGGUGAAUUUUCAAAACAAGUAUUUGACGGCCGAAUCUUUCGGCUUUCAGGUAAACGCGAGCGGUGCGCAUUUGAAGAAGAAACAAAUGUGGCUUGUCGAACAGGACGCAAGUGACAUUUAUUUGAAAAGUCAUCUUGGACGCUACUUGACGGCAGAUAAAAAUGGAAAACUUUCAUGUGAGGCAGAAGAACGCGAAGAUGACGCGAAGUUCUCUGUUACAUAUCAGGCGGAUGGGAAGCUCGCGUUGAAAAGCAAACACGACAGAUAUCUCGGUGGUGAAAGCGAUCAAAUCGACGCAUUCGCAUUGUCAAUCGGGAGAUCCGAAUCAUGGACCCUUCAACUGGCCAUUCAUCCUCAGGUGAAUUUAAUGCACGUUGUACGAAAACGGUAUGCGCACCUUGAAUCGAACGAGAUCCAAGUUUCCGAAGAUAUUCCGUGGGGUGGCGACGCUUUGAUCACCCUGGAAUUUAAGAAUGGCCGAUACUCGGUGCUUACGAGUGACUCGCGUUAUCUCAAUGCAGACGGUUCCUUGGAGGAGAAGCUCACGGAGAAGGGACAGUACGUUAUCGAGUUUCACGAAGGUAGAGUUGCAUUCCGCACGCACGAGGGCAAGUUUCUCACAUGCGUCGGUAAUAAAGGCAAGAUUCAGUCGAGUAAGAAAAAUGUAGCCGGAAGAGAUGAGCAUUUUGUACUUGUCGACAAUCACCCGCAGUGUAUGCUGACGGCUCAAAAUGAGCGCAUGGUGUCCAUCAGGCAAGGAAACGAAGUUACAGCAAAUCAAAGAUUCGAUACAACUGACAAGGAAAUUUUCCAAAUGGAAUUUGACCCAAAAAGACCUGGCAAAGUUUGCAUGCUUGCUAACACGCGAGAGUAUUGGGUGGCUAACGGCGAUGUGAAGGCCAGCUCUUCCAAACGUGUAGAUGCUGCGUUUUUUGGAAUCGAUUGGCAUGGUAGUCACGUGAGUUUCCAAGCAGCCAGUGGCAGCUACGUCACCAUUAAACCCAAUGGAAAACUUGCUCCAAGCGCGGACUCUAUUGGAGAAAAAGAGAAGUUUCUCUUGCAACUCGUCAACAGGUCAUUGCUGAUUCUUCGUGGUGAGCAUGGUUUUGUUGGCAUGCGAGGUCCGACCACGGCACGUCUCGAAUGCAACCGAAGCUCGUACGAAGUAUUCAAACUACAUUUUGAAGAUGGGAAAUACAAACUUGAGGGUAGAAACGGCAAGUUUGCUAAAAUCGACGGCGAGUUGAAUGUGAAUUUAAGUGGUAGCUCCGACGAUUGCACGACCUUCUAUUUGGAGUUCCGGGAACAUACGAAGAUGUGCAUUAAGGCAGACAACGGCAUGUAUUUAAAAGGUGAAAGCAAUGGAGCGUUUACGGCAAAUGGCGAGUCACCGGAUAAAAGUACCUUGUGGGAGUACUAAGAAAGUCGUAAAAUUGAAGUUCUUCGGCGUGCCAUCCAAUUAAAUACAUUUUGCUCCGUAAAUUUUAAUGAACUGCCAGUAAAAUUUUAAGAAAAUUUUGCUGGAACGCUGAAUAUAAUAUUCUUGCAAGUUGAAAAAUAAUUUUGCAAUUCUCGAAGCCUGUUUUCAAAAAAAUUUUGACUGAUCAUAAACGAGAAUUAAGUUAAGAAUUAUAAAAGCACUAAUUGAAGAUGUGACUUUUCGUAGGAAAGCCUGAUUAUUUACUGUAAUAUUUAGAUUAAGUGUAUAAUUUCUCGUUAAAAAAAUUUUUAAAAAUCAAAAUAAACUGAUUAAAGUUUUA